AUGUUGUUCGGCUCGGCUCGUUACGUGCGCGAACGAGCUUUAACCGGACCGAACCGAGCCGAGUUCCGAACAGCUCGUUGGUUUAACAGCUCUAGCGUCAGUAUAAAUUUAACAUAUGCAGUGGCUCUUCCAUGCAGGAUAAACUUUCGGCCGGCCGUCUCCGUGGCUUCGCACAGUGGAGGCCUCGCUACGGGCCAAAAUUUCUUCUCUUUUUCUUUUUCUCUCUCCGCGUCACCAUCUCUUCCUUUUCUUCCACCAAGUUUGCUCUGUUGGUCUGCGCCAAACUUCUCCAAUCUCCUUCAAACUCGAAAUUUUUCUGGUAAAGCUUGCGGAUCGUCGUUUCUGUCGGGUUUUCUUCAUAUUGAUGCAUACCCUCCAAAUGCCAAUCAGGGUUUUGACAUUCCAUUUGCAGUAGUACACUUCUCUGGUUUCUUUGCAAACAUGAGCUUCGCUGAUAAUUCCUUACAAGUACCCUUAUUGUCCAAAUUGCAGGAAGAGAUCUCUGUUCUCUCUUGCACGGAAGUACUACUAGUGCCUUUGACAACUCCCGAUUUUAGUAUGCCUUACAAUGUGAUAACAAUAACAUGCACAGUUUUUGCUUUGUACUUUGGAUCGCUGCUCAAUGCCCUAUGGAGACGUGUUGGUGAGGAAGAAAGACUUCUAAGAGGAAAAGGAAAGAAGGCUGGGCCACUGACUUUGAUGUUGUCAAAACUUUUUGCCAAGCUGCAAGGGAAGCCAUGGGAGCCACCAAAACCGUCGCAAUCACCACCUUCAAAAUAAGGUGCAUGCAGGCUAAUGAAUGAACAACUGUGGAGGUAUGUAAUUAUGAAAGGAAUGGAGCUGCAGGACAAUGUUUACUGAGGAACUUUGAUUGUCAUUGAUAUGUUGUAUCACAAUAAAUUGUAGUAGGACUUGACAAUUGAGAAAAAAUGACCUAUUUUUAUAUUGAAUUAAAACACUGCAGGAACAAUACAGAUUUUAAAUGGUGGAAUGUAUAUAUAUAUAUAUAUAUAUAUAUAUUUGUUUCAAUGGCAAUAAACAUGUGCAUGCAUAUA